AUGGCGACCGGCGAUUACCAUUCUAUGCCGUCCGUCUUCAAGGUGCCUAAGCGCAGGCGAACAGAGCGUCGCCACCCAUCGCCUCUGUCGGAUUCUUCGCUUACCGAAGACGAGGAGGAGUGUAUCCUCGCGCUCCUGGAAUUAUCAAGGGCUCCGCCCAUUCACGAUGACGAGAUGACUCCGGCAGAGGAAGAAAGGUCCCCGCUUUCACCGCCGGAGGUGGAGCAACUGAGUCAGCCGCUUUCGCCACCGGAGGUGGAGAAACGGAGCCAGUCGCUUCCGUCGCCAUCCCCGUCUCCACCAAAACAGCAGCAAGAGUUGUCUCCAAUUUCACUGCCGUCGCUGUCGCAGCAGGACAAGCCACUUCCACCGCCUCCUCCGGCGGAGAGAGACUUACAUCCUCUUCUGCCGCAACAGAACCAACCGUUUUCGCCACCUCCUCCGGCGGACAGAUACUUACCUCCUCUUCCUCCGUCUCUGCCAGCGCAAACGCCGUCUCUGGUUUUGUGCCCGAUGCCACUACAAUGUUAUCGACCUCCACUGCUUCCGCCGCAGCCGCCGAUCCAACGACCGUCUCCGUUUGUAUCUCUGGCUCCGACACAGCACAGCCAGGCGCGUUAUGUAUGUUCCGAGUGCGGUAAGGUGUUCUCUUCCUACCAGGCCUUGGGGGGCCACAAAACCAGCCACCGGAAGCUCCCUGCCGAAAACAGGGCCGCCGAGUCAGCGGCCGUCGUCACCGGAGCAGCAGACCAAAACAAGCCUCACACUUGCUCUUUGUGCUCCAAGUCGUUCGCGACGGGGCAAGCGCUAGGCGGGCACAUGAGGGCUCACUACGAGGGCAAUAAACAGCAAGCCACAGCCGAGAACAGGCUUAUGGCGGGGCCAUCGUCUUCGCUGACUGAGUGCUCGACGGCGAAGGGCUUGAGAAUUGACCUCAACCAGCCAGCGAUGCCGGAAGCAGAAUGGGCUAAGGAAGAGGAAGCGGUGAGCUCUCAUCCGGCGGCAGUGGCCACGUCUCACCCUCCUCGCUUCUUUACUUUCUUUUAA